UUAAAAUAUUCUUAAUCUUCCCAAAUCGACAAUUUCAUUAUUCCCAUUCAUGUUCCUUAAUUUCAAAACUAAGUAGUUGUAUCAACCAUCAUAAUUACUCCAACGUUGUUCUUCCCAAAUUGGUAAGCCAAGAACCAUCAACUCCAACCCAACAAAACCCUAACUUUUUUUUUUCAUAUCUCUCUACAUUAGUUAAGUGGAAUUACUCGUAGUCAUGACAUCAAUGGCAUCAUCAAACAACGUUAAUCUUGUACAAUGUAGUUAUUCUCAAAAGAGUCAUCAUAUUCAUACCCCCAAAAAAAACCUUUCUAGAGUCGGUUUCUUGGCUUCUGAUAUGCAAAUCCGAAUUAGGAUCUUGAGACAGUCGGUUAAGGUGAAGGCGAGCGUUGGGAGUUUUGAUAAGGGGGUUGAAACAGUGAAUGGGAAGAAGGUUAAUGGGGUGCGUUUAGGUGAUCAAAGAGAAAAAAUUAGUAGUAAAGAUUGUAGCUUUGAGGAGCCCGAUGAUCGUGGGGUUCUUCUAGGUAGGUUUGUGGAGAAUCGGUUUGUUUAUCGACAAACUUUUGCUAUUAGAUCUUAUGAAAUCGGACCCGAUAAGACUGCCACCAUGGAAACUUUGAUGAAUCUUUUACAAGAAACGGCUCUUAAUCAUGUAACGAGCGCAGGUUUGGCUGGAAACGGAUUCGGAGCCACCCAUGAAAUGAGUCUUCGGAAAUUGAUUUGGGUCGUGACACGGAUCCAUGUUCAAGUCGAAAAAUAUAGCUCAUGGGGAGACGUAGUUGAGAUCGAUACAUGGGUGAAUGCAGCUGGGAAAAAUGGAAUGAGAAGAGAUUGGAUUAUACGUGAUUAUGUUACCCAGAAAAUUAUAACUCGGGCUACAAGUACAUGGGUGAUUAUGAAUAGAGAAACGAGAAGGUUAUCAAAGAUCCCAGACGAAGUUCGAAACGAAGUGACACCAUUUUAUCUCAACAGAGACGCAAUCGCGACCGAAAAGAUCGAUCAUGAAAAGAUCGAGAAACUAACGGAUGAAACUGCUGCGAGAAUUCGGCAUGGUUUAGCGCCAAGUUGGAGUGACAUGGAUGCUAAUCAACAUGUAAAUAAUGUGAAGUACAUUGGUUGGAUUUUGGAGAGUGUACCAAUUAAAGUACUAGAGGAGUACUACAUGGGAAGCAUAACAUUGGAAUACAGAAGGGAAUGUCGUCAAUCCGAUAUGUUGGAUUCUUUAACAAGCAUGAAAACAAGGCUCCUAAAACAAGACCAAAAAGUUCCCAUAAGUACAACUCUGAAUGCAUGCGGUCCAACUCCUAAUGCACGUGGUACAACUUCAACACCAAAUUUGGAAUGCACACAUUUGGUAAGAAUGCAAGAUGACAAAGUUGAAAUAGUCCGAGCAAGAACAGUAUGGAUUUCAAAACAUUAA